UUGAUGGUCUGCUACGAUAUCGGAGUUUUUCAACAGCACUCGGUAGAAUAUUAAUUUAUAAUAGAGAUAAAAACGUCAAAUUUUCGUCAAAAUGCUACGAAUUGUCGCUCCCCGUUUCGUAUCAAAGAGGUGUUUAGUGGUACUCAACAGAAGUCUAACAUCAGAUCAACAUACAAGUAAUAAAUGUGGAGAGGAUAUUCCUGAAGUACCAGGAUUAAGUGAAAAAGUUGUCAAAGUUCCAAAUGAGCGUGUAGGGUAUGCAGGAGCAUCAAAAGAUGCAGAAUAUAAGUGUCCAGAAUACUUUUGCUACCACGUAGAUUCCUUUGGUGAUUCGUUUGUUGAAAUGGAAAAGUAUAGAUUGCCAGCACCAUCAGCUUUGAAACCAAAAAAGUGAAUAUUAUUAGAACAUUUUGUGUUAUUAUUAUGAAUUUUGAGUGAAAUCAAGAAAAACAAUAUUACUUUGUUAUAAAAUAUGUACAUUUUGGAUCGAAAGAAUAUAUGCAGUCAAUAAUGUGUAUUCGAUAAUUGUUCAUGUUUAGGAAAUUGAAAAAAGUAAAGACAAAAAAAUGUAAUUAUAUAGAUUCAA